CACCGUCACCCCAAGCGUGCCACCUAGCCAGUGCUUCCCAGCGCGGGUACCACUGUCCUCUUGGUCAGCAGCCAUUAGCUGUUCGAUCCCCCAGUACCGGGGUGCUGAGCCGAGCUCCAGGCUUCUCUCACUUGCCUUCUUUUGCACUCCCCUCCAGGGCCGCCGCUGCACCUCGAGGUGGGGCGGGCAGGUGAGCUGUGCUGCAGCGCCGCUGUCUGGAGAGUUCACCUUGCACAGCCCAGCGGCAGUCGGUGCGCGGGCGAACUCUGGUCCCCUGAGGAUGAAGAACCCGAUGCUGGAGGUCGUGUCCCUCCUCCUGGAGAAGCUGCUUCUUAUCUCCAAUUUCAAGCUCUUCAGCGUGUGCGCCCCGGAAGAAGGCACAGGGAGGAACAGAUCCUAUGAAACCAACUCUUUUAUCCGUGGCGACGUGCUGGAGGUGUCCCGGACCCAUUUUACCCAUUAUGGCAUUUACCUGGGGGACAACCGUGUCGCCCAUCUAAUGCCCGACAUACUGUUGGCCCUGACCAACGACAAGGGCCGCACUCAGAAGGUGGUCUCCAACAAGCGUCUCCUCCCGGGUGUCGUUUGCAAGUUGGCCAGCAUCCGCGUGGACACCGUAGAGGACUUCGCUUAUGGAGCAGACAUCCUAGUCAAUCACCUGGACCAGACUCUCAAGAAGAAGGCACUACUCAACGAGGAAGUGGCACGCAGGGCUGAGGAGGAGCUGGGUCUGACUUCCUACAGCCUACUGUGGAACAACUGUGAGCACUUCGUGACCUACUGCAGAUAUGGCACUCCCAUCAGCCCGCAGGCUGACAAGUUUUAUGAGAUUGUGAAGAUAAUCAUUCGUGAUCAGAGAAGUUUUCUUGCUUCAGCUGUGUUGGGAUUGGUAUCCAUCAUCUACACAGGCCUCACAUCAUAUAUGACCCUUCCUGCAAUCUGCAUCCCAUUCUGCCUAUGGAUGAUGUCUGACUAGCUUCCUAUCCCCACAUCAAUGUAUAUGUAUUUUGCAUGUAAAUAGGUUUAUAUUUAUAAAGCACAAAUAAUUAUAAGAAUUAUUGAGAAAAUAUGACCUGAAACACUGUGUUCUGGAUAAAAAUGUGAUUAAGAGUCAUGCAAAAUGCUUACCAUGUAAGCCCAGGAACAAAGGCUCUCUGAGUCUUCUCAGGCAAGUUUGCUGCAAAGCACUAUGCCAAAAUUGGUAGUGUGACACCUUGUGACAGUGCUCAGCAGUACCAGAAACCAUACCCUAAGCUGAUAGCCACAAGAAAUUAUUUGGGCUAUUUUUUUCUUCUAUAAUCAGUCUUCUGUCAACCCUAAAUUUGAGGACUGAAAGACUUACCAAUUGAGAUCACUAACUUUCUUGUAAAUCUAUUCUGCUUACUAAAUGAUUGGUAUUAAUUUGAAAGGCUAUUUCCCCAUUACUACAAAAACAUGUUUGAUAAUUAACCCAAAAGAAACCAUAGCUCACAUUCUAUUAUUCUGUAGUACAUAUUCCAAGUAAGUCAAGGAUAUUUUAUUUUCAUGUCUUUAAACCAGUAUUACCAAAUUUGAAGCUUAAUGAAAAGAGGAACUGACCAGAAAGCAUAGAAAUCUGUUUUUCUGCAAAAUAGCAACUAUAACUAUUCAGAUUUAUAUACUGACUGGUCUGGUUGGCUUUUGUUCCCUUUUUGUAUGCCAGUAUGACUACUUUUAAAAUUUCUGAGAGGUAAAUAGGUAUUGGAUUGAAGUAAUCCCAGUAUUUAUGUUUGUGUGUGUCAAAUAAAUAUGAAGAUAUCUGAAAUUGCAUAGAUAUAAUAGGCAAAUUGUUUUUUGUGAUUAUUACUGAAAAAAUUCAGAUUUGAACAUAAAAACAAGCCCAGUCUGUUUUCCUGUGCCCUUGAAUGUCACUGGGUAGUUAGCUUUUGAACUUACCAAUAUCCUUUAUAAGUCAACUCAGAUUUGAUUUAUGGUCAACUUUUUUACUUUAUUUCUAAGUAUAGUUUAUGAAUUUAACAGAAGAAUGCCACAGCAGUAUAUAAAGCCAAAUACCAAAGGAAAUUACUCUGACAUAAUUUUAGUAAUACUAGGCCUGGAAGCCAAUUUCACUGAACCCAUUAUAAUCACAAAGUUGAGAGGUAACAAUGUUGAAGAUUUUGGCAAAAAUUACUAAAUUCUAAAAAUGAUGCCAAAGGCUAGAAUUGCACUUUAAGUAUUGGAACUGUUUUAUCAGACAUAAUACAUGCAUAUAAUCCCAGCACUUAGAAGGCUUAGGCAGCAGAUUUAGAGUUCCAGGAUAGUAUGGGCUGAAGAGGAAGACUCUGUCUCAAAAACAUUUCUUUGUUAUCAGAAUCAUAAAACAGACAAGCCUGGUGGUGCAUGCCUUUAAUCCAAUGCUUAGGAUAUGGAGGCAAGAGGAUUGGGCAUUUAAGACCAGGCUCCACUACAUAGGGAGUCUUCAAAGCCAGUCUGGGCUACAUGAGACCCAAUCUCACCAAAUCAAAAAAGAAUCAUAAAACAACGAUUCUUAUAGGAGUGUGUCCCAAGUUUUCUCACUACAAACUUAAUUGGAGUGUCAUGAUAAUAAACUUCAUGUUUAAUUAUUCAAACUAAACAUUUACCUAUUUAAAUGUUUUACACCACUUAGCAUUAAAUAGCAACAUCAAGGAAUGCAGGUGUUCUAUAGGUCUAUUCUCAAAACUUAAGUCAUCUUGUGUGUCUGUGCACUAUGAGACCACUGUGUUAAUGGCUUUUCACAUCUCACCUUGUAGCAAUUGUUUAACUGAAGUUAUUUCUUAAAAUAUAAUGGCCUCACAAAAUAACUUUUAUUUUAGAUUUUAGUAUUGCAGGUAGCAGAAAAUUCUGUUUGAAAUUAAAUCUGUGUUGAAAGACGAUGCCUCCUUAAACACUUAGAAAGUUCUUAGGGUUGGAAUGAACAUAAACUUGACUCACUUUGCAUCAUAAAUCAAGAGUCAGUUCAUCAUUCACUGGGAUGUUCACUCCAUGUUAAGCACUGAACGGUUACAAUUUUAUUUUCUAGAAUUGCAAUUAUUUUUCAUCUAGUUAUAUAAUAGUAUGUAUAUAGUGCUAUGGUCACCAGGGAGAGGGCCAAGUAAGCUUUCCUGAAGGGUCAGAGGCAUUCUAUUUGAAAGAGGCAGCGCAAGUCCAAAGGUAAGAAACCGUGUGAGGUGGUUCUGUCACACUGCUGUAUUCAGCUGCCAUUGGGAAGAGGGAACAGGAAAGGAGGUUUGGCUUGUUAAAUGUUCCACAACACCAGAAUUGCUCAGCCCCUUUAGAAGCCCCUUUAGAAGAGAGGAUAUCUGUUUUGUUGUUUCAGUUUGAUUAGUUGCUUAGCAAGGUAGAAAGAAAAACAUACCUUCUUGAUGGUGGUUAUGGAAGAAACCCUGGGCCAAUAAUUUGUCUUCUAACUUGAGGCAGGCAGGUCACAAAUUUCUGUGGACUUUAUUAGUCAAGUUCAUCCUUAUGACCCCAAAUCCUUAUAUUACAGUAUUUCUAGCCCAUCUUAUAUAGUGAUAGCCAAGUUGUAUCUGACAAAGUUGUUCAUUGCUUAUUUUGUUCUUUGCCAUAGAUGAAGGCCAAAAGAACUAGAUGGGUUUAAGAUGAGCUAAUGCAUGUCUCAAGAAGUAGUCUAUGGUAAGGAAUGAAGAGCUAUAAGACACAGACCUCCAUGAAAGUAUAUGACCUCAUAGACAUAGAUGUAUUAAAGUUCAGUGACUGGCAUCUGACUAGAGCUAAUUGAAGGCACAGAUUUAAAUGAUAUGACAAGUCAGAGUAGGUACUAAGACAUGAAGGAUAGGACAGAUUUGAGGCAGGUCAUUCUGCAGGUAGGGGGUAGCGUGGACAAACGCAUGGACACAGACUACAGCCCCUUGUAUCAUGAAUACAAGGGAAUCUAUGUCAGGUAAAUGCAAGUGGUUUAGGGGCCAGAGCAGUGCAAGGGCAGUGAGUAGGCAUGCGGACUGGAAGGCAAUGUUGAAGUGGUGCAAGUCUUGCAUAGACCACUGGAAUUGUGGGGUGUAGAAAGGCAGCUUCCAAAAAUAUGGCAGAAAAGUGGGGCUUUGAGAAAGAUGGGGUACAGGGACCUGUUCAGACAUUUAGCUAAGGUUCUUACUCUCAAAUAAGGGUCUAGCCAGUGAGACGGCUCAGUGGGUGAAGGCAUCUGCUGCUAAUGCUAAGCCUGACCAACUUGAGCUCAAAUGAGGAUCUGUAAUUGUGAGAAGAGAAGGCAAACAUGUCAAAGAAGUGCCAACCAAACGGGGCCACAUCCUUACAUUUGACAGAUGAAUAACCCUUUGUGGAGAAUCAGUGCGUAUCAUGCACUUUUCUUCUGAUGAUUCCUACAAAAUUAAAUUCAUUUGAUGAGUGUGUGUCUGUACACUCCUGAUCUUUGUCCUGGCUAGACAUGCAUUCUUCUAAGGACAAGCAAGUAAGUAUGGAUUUGUUGUAUUCGUUUGUUUUUUUGAAUCUAUUUUUUAUUUUUAUAUUGUUAGUGUCAAAGAUUUCAAACUUUUUCAGCAACAUCAAGUUACAGCAAUGGCAAAAGUCUUGUUAUGGAUGAGAAACAUGGGAAGUAGUGGCCACUCUUUGUUUUAUGUGGUCUGUUUUGGGUUUUAACCAGUUUAGAUCCAUCAGUCAAACUCAUUUUAUAUUGAUAUACAUGCAUUUUGAAUAAAACUCAAUUCUACAUGUU